AUGCCGCCAUUCCUGUUCUUGAGUGAGCCCAUAAGUCAGAAGGAGGGGAAAGACCCGUGGACUUGUCGCUCCUGUGAGAACGGUUGGGUGGAAUUUGAAGGUCAUUGUUAUUUCUUUUCCGGCUUUGAACUAAAUUGGGCACAAGCUGAGAUGAUUUGUCUCAACAGAGGAAGUCAUCUGGUUAUAAUUAACAGUCAAGCAGAGCAGAAUUUUUUACAGAGUAAGACUAAUAGAAGAUAUUAUUGGAUUGGUCUGACAGAUUUGGAGACGGAAGGUACAUUUAAGUGGAUUGAUGGCACAGGGUUAUCCUACACAUCUUGGCGCAAUGGAGAGCCAAAUGAUGGAUUAGGAAAAGAGGACUGUGCUCAUCUCUUUUCAGAAGGAAAAUGGAAUGAUUAUCCCUGCAAUAGUAAUAGUUCUGCCAUCUGUGAGAAGAAUCUGAUAUGA